GUGGUGUCGUACGAUCAUACAUAUACACAUACACAUACACAUAUAUAUACACCUGUUUGAUCCUUAGUGUGUCCCUCCUCAUCAUCCAUCCCAAUAACAAACUCGUCCAUCGUACCACCACCAAAACCAUUUCCGUUCUCCACCCCAGUCCUAACAGUCCUUCAUCUCUCACACUCUUUUCCUCGUCUCAUGUUUCCCGUAUGUUUUAUGUAUUCUCAGUCAUCACUACAGCAGCUGCUCCUCCACCCCCUUAUUUUUCGUACUACCUUAGUACUAAUCAUCUCCUACUCCCUAUUUCUUUUGUGCCCUUAUCAUUACAUCCUCCUCCUUAUGAACAGAUUAUCCUCGCUUUUACCCAAAAAAACUACUAAUAUCAAGACUAGUACUUCCUCCAGUACUAUUAAUCACCGUCCUCGCCAUAUUCUUAGCCAACUCUCCUCUAUUUUCUCCUUCUUCAGCCUAAAAUCCACCUCAUCGCCAGAAACCAACAUGACCGCCAUGAACUCCACCACCUCCAACAACUCCUCCUCCUCCUCCAUUCACCGCCGUCAGAAGCCGAAAAAGCUGGUGGUCGUUAUGGGCGCCACUGGCUCUGGAAAAUCAAAGCUCUCGGUCGAUUUGGGAACGAGGUUCUUUCCCAACUCCGAGAUCGUCAACUCGGAUAAAAUCCAAGUCUACCGUGGCCUGGACAUCGCCACCAACAAAAUCUCAAUGCAUGACCGAAGAGGAGUCCCACAUCAUUUCCUGGGCGAGUUUGACCCGGAAACCGAGUUCACCCCGUCCGAUUUCCGCGAACUCGCUUCAAAAACCAUUGCGCAGAUAACCUCCAGGCGAAACCUCCCGCUCAUCGUCGGCGGGUCCAACUCCUUCAUCUACUCCCUGCUGGCGAAGCGGUUUAACUCGGAGACCGACGUCUUUGACGAGUCCAGCGCGAUAAACUCAGUGUCCUCCGAGCUUCGCUACAGCUGCUGCUUCCUGUGGGUAGACGUUUCACUGCCCAUUCUCAACGAGUACCUGGACAAGCGAGUUGACGAGAUGCUUGACUCGGGGAUGUACGAGGAGCUGGAGGAGUAUUUUGCUCGGGAGGGUUUCGCUGAGUCUGAGUCCGCGAGCCGGACGGGGCUGGGGAAGGCGAUUGGGGUGCCGGAGUUCGAGAGGUAUUUCAAACGGGUCGGGCUGGGUGGUGGGGCGGAUGGUUCGGAGGUGGAAAAGCGACUCUCAUAUGAAGAAGCCGUGAAGGCUGUCAAGGAGAACACGUGUACGCUGGCGAAGAGGCAACUGGAGAAGAUCCAACGACUGAAAGAUGCCGGGUGGGACCUACAUAAAAUAGACGCCACGGAGGCAUUUCGGGCAGCUAUGGGGAUGACGUCAGAUUCCGGCAAGAGGGCGUCGGAUAUUUGGGAAAAAAUGGUGGUGGAACCAAGCGCGAAGAUCGUGAAGCGGUUCUUGAUGGAGUAGGUUUUCCAGCGGUUUCCAGCUCUGAAGCCUCAACAAUCUCUCUCUUGUU